AUGGUAUUCAUCACAAUGCAACCUCUCUUUGCUAGCUUCCUUGUUGCACUCAUUGUUGUUGAUGAUCCUAUACAGUUCAAAGAAGAAAUUCAGGUGGAAAAGUGGAGAAAGGCCAUGAAUAAGGAUAUAGAAGCCUUAGAAAGAAGUGGCACAUGGGAAAUUACUGACCUUCCCCCCGGGAAGAAAUGGAGAUCUCUCCUAGUUGUGGUUGCCAUAAAGAAUUGGAUAGUAGUGCAAAUGGAUGUCAAGAAUACCUUCCUACAUGGGGAAUUAAAAGAAGAAGUAUACAUGACUCUUCCUGCAGGGUACACAAAGUGGAACGUGGUUGGGAAGUCCUUUGUAGGUGUGUUAGUCUAUGUUGAUGAUCUACUCAUAUCUGGAAAUGAUGAAUCUCUUAUACAGAAAGCGAAAACCUUUCUCUCCUCUCAAUUUCACAUGAAGGACUUAGGAGCUUUGAGGAAAUCCAUAACUAGUUUCUGUGUUCCACUGGGAUCUUAUCUUGUUUCUUGGAAGUCAAAGAAACAACAAGUGGCGACCAGAUCAUCAGCGGGAACAGCUUACAGGGUCAUGGCUCUAACUGCAUGUGAAGUCACUUGGUUAUCUCAACUCCUCAAGGACUUGGGCCUCAAACAUUUAGGUCCUACUGUCCUCAAGUGCGACAACAAAGCAACUCUCUCCAUUGAUGCUAACCCAGUUCAAUAUGAGAGAACAAAACAUGUUGAACUGGACUGCCAUUUCAUCAGAGGGAAGGUAGAUGAUGGGUGCAUCAGUACCACCUAUGUUUCAUCUAAAGAUCAAAUUGUUGAUCUUUUCACUAAACUUAUAUCCAUGGCUCAACAUGAUCACCUCCUUCCCAAACUUGGAGUUCUUUCCUCUCACACCAAGUUUUAG